AGUCAGUCAAUUGGCUAGUACAAGACAAGUCGCGUCUCGUUCGUGGCUUCACACGACACAAGCAGCUAUACAAAGCUUUAUUAAUUGCAAAUUUGCUGAAAAUAUAUUUUUGUUGUUGCGUUUUUGGAAUUUUCUAGCGCUGUUGUAAAUGUACAACAACAAAUAUACAGCAACACAUAAGCAGACACUAGAAAAGAGACGCGGAAGUCAGGCAUAUAUUUCUCUUGUCGCAUUUCACCUAGUGUGUCCGCGGUAUAUAAAGCCAGUGUCGCUUGGCGGUUCGCUUUAAUUACAAUUUUUUUCGCUGCAAUUGCGGAAGUGCCUUGGUGUCUUAAAAAAGAAAUAAACAAAUUAAAAAAAAAAAGAUUUUAUUAAGGAAAAUAAUUAAAGAAAAUAAAAGCAAACAUGAAGUUAAGCCAAAUCCUCUCACUAUCGCUCAUACCAACAUUUUAUGUGUUGUUUGUGUUAUUGUUGGAAUUCGUGGAAGAUGCUGUGGCACAAAAUCCUGACCCACUUUUCCAGCUACCUGUGCAAUUGGUGGGCUUUCCGGUUAUCGUUUUGUCCGUACGCUUAUCGCAAUUCGCUAAAAAGCUGGCCUACUCGUUGAAUCCAAAUACCUAUCGCGCGCGCAGCAAACGUGAGACCGCUACAUCGGCCGCUUACGAUGCUGAAUUGGCACAAAAAGAGAUCUUACGUGAGUUCGGUCCACGCGCUUGCAUAUUGGAGGAACCUUGCCGGCUACAUGCGUCACGGCCGGGUCGUUUCGGUGUGCAACAACAUCCAGCAUGGAAUGAAAUUUUGAGGAACUACAAAGUUCAAUCAACCGGCAUGAAACAAUGGUACCUGCUCUCACUCUUCAUCGGUGAUGCCGUGCGCGAUGUGCCACUCUGCCGGCACCUGGCCAAACGAAUGCCAUGUCCAGGCGUUGGACCAUUGCCGCCGCCACAGCCGCGCUAAGCAUCAAACACGUCCCAGUGGCCAAGCACAGACCAAAGUAAUGUCAAAACAGCAACGAGUUCUAGUGAGCGCAACGCUGGUACUCGCAACGUUGGUAGCAAGUUGGCUGCGCUUUGGUGCGGCGUAUGCGCCACAAACCUCGACCGUGGCACAAAAUAGCUAACAAGCUCAUACACAUAUUAAUUUGUACAUAUUUAUACAUUUCUUUGCAUUACUUACUGCCAAACGAAAGUCAGCGCAUAACGGUACAUAACACAUACACACAUCAUCCCACUCAGUCAUUGUGGCAUCAUGUGAGCAGACACAUCCCGCCUGUGACCCUUUGUAAUUUUUUAGUACUUUUUACUUCCUUUUACCUUUUUCUUUUCUGCUUUUUAUUACCUUUUCGCAUUCAGCGCAUUUGUUUUGCAUGUUUACCAAAGUUUUUAAUUUUCAUACCAACGCAAUUGUCAUGACAAGCGCGUUGUACUUGUAGUGUAAUGUAUAUAUACUUGGACAUAUGCAUGUAUUCGAGGAAAAAUUGCAGCAAUCAACGAAGCGCUGAAGCGUUGAGAGAACGAAAUGGAACGAAAUGCAAGCGACAGACGCAAAUAUUAUAUUCUUGUUAUAUGUGCGUGCAUAUGUUUAUUAAGUUUAUACCUUGUAAGAAAUUGAUAGCAAUAUUCAAAAUUUUUUAAAUAAUAAUAUUAAGUUUGCCAAGAAGUUGCAACACCCAAACCCGGAGACCCUAUAAGGGUGAGGAGCUGAGUCAAUUUAGUCAUGUUUGUCUGUUUGUCCGUAUAUACGCCAAAUAGUCUUUCAGUUUUUGAGGUAUCGAUCCGAAAAUUUGUAUAUGUUUUUUCCCCCAAGAAGGUACUCAUUUGCCGGAAUCAUAACGGUUCAAUAUAUCAUAUAGCUGCCAUAUAAACUGACUGAUCAAAAAUCAAGUUCUGGUAUGCAAAUUUUUUUUAUUUGCGUAGAUAUUUUCACAAACUUUCUUCUUCAUUCUCCGAAUAUAUUAUUUAUAUCGGACCACUAUAGCAUAUAGCUGCCAUAUAAAGCUGACCAAUCGAAAUCGUGUUUCUUGUUUACACUUAAAUGGAAAUGAAAUUAUGCUCUUAUUAUUUCUAAAUACUUCAUAGUUUUCCUGCUGGGUAGCUGCUUGCCGCAAGCUUUGGUCAGCAUAACAGUUUUACAUCAACCCAAACCUCAUUUAAAAUCUAGCUGUGAUUGAGGUGUGUGCCAGCAGAAGCUCGCUUAUAGCGUCGCUUUUGUGGCAGCUUUAAUGGAGUACACUUGCACUUCAUUUCUGCUGCUACUGACACUGGAGCGUUUACAAGCUGUAUAUAUGCAUGUAUGUAUAUACAUACUGUAAUACAUGUAUGCACAUAUGUAUAUUCAUUACAACAUGUGUAGUCUUCAAAAGUGGAAUGUAAAUAAUUAUGGCGAAUAAAUUAAACAAAUGUGUACACAUACAAAAGUGGGCAGCAAGGAGACAGAUGAGCAGAGUGAAUGCUUGUAUCCACUUAAAACAAUAUUUUUUGUGCAAGAUACACUUACAUAUGUAUUUAUAUACAUAUACGCACAUAUAUUUAUAGUAGUAGUAGUAGUAGUAUGAAGUACUAUCAUUGAAUUGUUACGUAUAGUAGAGAGUUGUACGUGGUAGUGUCGCAGUCUAUAUUUACUUACACAUUAAAGCGCGGUGGUAGUAUUACAACGUUAUAUUAUAUGCGACGUGAUGCAGACAGAGUUGCCAUAUUUUAUAUUAUAUUGCAUAAUUCAAAAAAAAAGCAAUACAAAAAUUCUUUAACGCAAAAGCUCUUAACAAUGAAAGUGGAAAUUAUUAUGACAGCAGUCUAGUUAACUAAGUAGGCAUUCGUGUUUUACUUAGGGUUGCCGCGUUCAACAAAAAUACUACCUAAAUUUAUACUGAUAAAAUAACGACUCAAUUUCAUCAACCUGAUCAGUUCGAUUUGAUGUUUGGAUGCCUAUUUCUUAUAUUUUUUAUAUUUCGAUUAUAGUAAUACCUCAAAUUCAGAGAGACAUUCAUAGAAAGGGUGUUUUUAAAAUCUUAGAAAAUAUUUAAAAGCCCCUCAGCUUCGUUUGUUCUGCUGCUUUACUCUCACCUCAAGUUGUUUGCUGUAAUUUGUUUUUUAAUUUUUUGAAAAAUGAGUUUAAUAAAAUGCAUCGUUUUUUUCUAUUGCGCUGGUUUUAUGUACGUAUUUUUAGACAUCUUUUGAUUGUUUUCAUUUUGUCUUCUUUCAUUGAACCCUUUCGUGUGUCUGCUAUAUCGAAUUUCAUCUUUAAUUCCAUAGUUGUGAGAACACAUAAGUCUAUACAAAUGUAUCUAGUAACAUUAGUAAAUUUUUCAUUAAUUUACAUUUCACCUUUUUAUGAAAUAAUUUAGUAUUAAUUGUUUAAACUAAGUCAAUUCCAUUGUACUAAAUUUUACAAAAUAAAGUUAUUUAUAAAAUUAUUACCCGA